AUGUCCGACGUCCCACCAACCGAGCCCAUUCCCAAGCCAGAGGAACCUAAAGAACCACAACAGUCUCCUCAGCAACCUCAGUUCCAGCAAGUACCUCCGAUUUACUACCAAUUCCAAUACAAAUCGAAGAGAGACCAAGAGUUCGAAGAAGGUCUGAACCGCUUACGCAAAGAGUAUGCUACAGCUCCAACCCUUGGUUGUUCCAGCAAUUCCAAUCUCAAUCCAAAUUACUACCAAUCUCAAUCCACAUCGAAGAGAGACCAAGAGUUCGAAGAAGGUCUGAACCGCUUACGCAAAGAGUAUGCUACAGCUCCAAUUGAGAGAAAGUUGUUGCUAAAUUCAGUAAAAAUAAUGUUUAGGUGA